GCCGGAGCAGGAGCAGCCCGUGGGUGAAAAGCCUUGUGGAAGAGUCUUCUUCGCUGAAUAAGCUACAACACUGCAAUGUCCAAGCCGAGGUUUCAGGCAGAGUGGGAGGAAAUUGACGAGGAAUAUCAACAAUUACAGGAAACUCACAAAAUAUACCGGCAAAAACUGGAAGAGCUCACCAGUCUUCAAGCAACUUGCAGCAACGCCAUCAGUAAACAGAGGAAAUGUCUGAAAGACUUGAGGCACAGUUUAACCAAGUGUGCACAGACGUGUGAUGAGAAAGAGCUGAAACUAAUAACUGACAUCAAAACGCAAAUAAAAGAUAAAGAAAAUGUUUUCUUUGACAUGGAAGCAUAUUUGCCAAAGAAAAAUGGACUAUACUUGAAUUUGGUCCUGGGCAACGUGAAUGUAACACUUCUCAGCAACCAGGCAAAAUUUGCCUACAAAGACGAGUAUGAGAAGUUCAAGCUUUGCAUGACAAUAAUCCUGAUGUUCGGAGCAAUAACCUGCCUCUUCUUUCUAAACUGUCGGGUCACUGAUGAAAUCUUCAACUUUUUGUUGGUGUGGUACUACUGCACAUUGACCAUAAGGGAAAGCAUCCUCAUAAACAACGGCUCCAGGAUCAAAGGGUGGUGGGUGUCUCACCAUUAUGUCUCCACCUUCUUGUCAGGUGUUAUGCUGACAUGGCCAGAAGGACCAAUGUAUCAGAUGUUCAGGAGCCAGUUUCUUGCCUUCUCCAUCUAUCAAAGCUUUGUUCAGUUCCUUCAGUACUACUACCAGAGCGGCUGCUUAUACAGACUGCGAGCUUUGGGAGAGAGAAAUCAGCUGGACCUCACAGUGGAGGGAUUUCAAUCUUGGAUGUGGAGGGGACUCACGUUUCUUUUGCCUUUUCUAUUUUUUGGCCAUUUUUGGCAGCUGUACAACUCGGUGACCUUGUUCCGCUUGGCAAGACAUGAGGAUUGUAAGGAGUGGCAGGUAUUCAUGCUGGCGCUAACGUUUCUCGUCCUGUUCCUGGGAAACUUUCUCACCACGGUAAAAGUCGUCCACCAAAAAGUUCAGAAAAACCCGGAGAAGGUCCAAAAAACUGACUGAGAAUAACCUCAGCGAGGCAUCUUCAAGGGCCAGUAAUUUUGAAGCAACGCGCACAAUCGCUUGAUGGACUGAACAGAGUGUGAUCAGGUCAAGAGACGACGAGGCUGAAGCCACCGUUUUCUCUCGGACUUUGACAGCAGCAGCAGCCUCCGGCCAAAGUUUCUAACAAAAAUGUUUUUACAUACAUAUGACUGUGUUGAUGUUCGUAUGAGCACUGCACAAAGUGACAUUCACCUGAUAGAUUAGUCUCUUUAACCUGUAUAUGUGUGAGUGGAAAGAGUGUGUUUAUUUGGGUGUUUGUGUCGGUGCAUGAACUUUAACGGAGAGCCUCUGUUCAAAUCAUAUGCAAAUAAUGAGGGAAGGUAGCAUCGUUUAACAGAACAGAAAAUAGUUUGCCUUUGAAGACCUAACGUCUGUCACGCACAUACUUCAUACUUCUGUGAAGUAAUGAUGAUCAAAACGUCUCCCAAAAAAAAUUGAACACUUUCAGUUUGAGGCUGUACUUUAUCGUUUUGUCUCAUCUCCCUGUUGUGUGAUAAUAUUUUUACUGCUAGUAUUUUUACUAGUCUUUAGAUCCUGAAAAUCUCAAAUGUAGGUCCACAGCUUAAAGAAAAAAACAAACUGAUACUUGAGUAUUGAGAAUUAUCUGAAAGGGUGGAGGAAUAAAAUCCCUCUGCCGUCUCGAGUGAGAGCAGCUGCUCGGUCUUUACUGUUACGGUUUUGUUUCCAGAUGAGUUGGGACUGCAAAGGGAGCGCUACAUCAUUUGUCUUUUUGAAAGCAGUGGUUUCGAAAGCCAUAACUUUUUUUUUUUUUUUUAACUUUGUCUAAAUCCCAAGAAGACGCAGAUAACGUGAACUGUUGUUACAUUUGGACGUUACAUUUCAUGUGGUCAUUAACAGAAUACUAACAAAGUGUUAAAUGCACAAAUCAUGGUUUACUGAUGGGGCAGCAACAUGCUUGUGUAAAAGUAGCUUCAAGGUGAGCAAGCAUUUCCUCACAAAGUUUAAAUUUAGCGACACAGUUACUGUGCUGUGAGUUCCCAUUUUGUUACAUGUUGGAGAAAUGUUGUGAUUAAAUGCUGCUAUUAGCACCAGUACUGUAAGACUGAUACUGAAUUAUGACUUUUUUUAAAUGUAUUCAAUUAUUUUUCUAAUUCCAACCCACAGACCCAUACACCCAUUAAAUAUUUCAGUUAAUUUAUGGUGAGAUCUUUCACUUUGCUUCACGUAGUUUUCUCUGAUGCCUUACUUUUUAUUCACGUGAGGGGGAGGGUGGGACAAAAAAACACCACUAGUAUUGUGAAAAUGGUUUCAUUGAUUGUGUCAUGUCUUGUGCAAUCAUGCUCCUGGAGAGAAUCUCGGUAUCUGUGUUUUUUUUUUUUUUUUUUUUUUUUUUUUAUUGAGGGAAAUUGAUCACAUCUGAUGUGAUUAAAACACUUUGUCUUUAACACACAAAAAAAUUGUACGUAGCUGUUUUUCAAGAAUGCAGUUUGUUCCCUGAGUUUUUCAUUCAUGUGUCCGUUAUGGUAAAAUCAGCACCUGAUUAGGAACAGUAACUCGUUUCUUGUUCUCACAGGUGUUCACUGUAUUCAUUACAUUGUUUCAGUCCAACUUGUGAUAAAAGCCUAAAUAAACUGUGCAGCCGC